CUGGCGCGCACCUCGGGCCUAUUUGUCCCACCCACUCGGGGCAAGAACGCGGGCCCUCAGACUCAGGACGCGAUGGCCGCCCCGGCCCUGGCCGCGAUCACGCGGCAGGUCAGCGGCCGCACCGCCGCAGUCCCGGUCCCGAGCGGCCCCACCGCUGCCGCCCCGGUCCCGAGCGGCCCCGAGCGCGGGCAGCCACUGGCCGCCUCCGUGGCCGAGCUCCCCGUGCUGGACGCGAAUGGAAGGCGGGUGCCGUUCGGCGCGCUGUUCCGGGAGCGCCGAGCCAUCGUGGUCUUCGUGCGGCAUUUCCUGUGUUACACCUGCCAGGAGUACGUGGAGGAUCUGGCCAAAAUCCCCAGGAGUUUCUUACAAGAGGCAAAUGUCACCCUUAUAGUGAUUGGACAGGCAUCCUACCAUCAUAUUGAGCCUUUUUGCAAACUGACUGGGUAUUGUCAUGAAAUCUACGUUGAUCCUGACAGAGAAAUUUAUAAAAGAUUGGGAAUGAAAAGAGGUGAAGAAGUUACCUCCUCAGGACCGAGCCCCCAUGUAAAGUCAAACAUCUUCUCGGGAAGCAUGUGGAGCCUGUGGCGGGCGGUGACCGGCCCUCCUUUUGAUUUUCAAGGAGACCCAGGUCAGCAAGGUGGGACCCUCAUCGUAGGUCCAGGCCACUACAUCCAUUUUAUACACCGUGACAGGAAUAGACUGGAUCACAAACCCAUCAACUCUGUUUUACAGCUUGUAGGAGUCCAGCAGGUGGACUUCACAGGCAGACCUUCCGUCAUCCAUGUGUGACAGACAGACUGUCACUUUCCGAUGGACCCUGAGACAUGGCGCGAAAUGUCGGAGUAUAUCCUUGUGCAGUGUCUACUCUGUCAGCCCUUGAGGAGUUCUGAAAACAUAGAGACAUGUACCCGUUGAACCGCAUGCUGAGAGGCAUUGAUUGUCAAAAAAUAUGAUGUAUAUUUAUAAUUUUAUGGCUUUUAAAGUUUUAAACAAAAUUUUAUUUAUACAAAGGAAAACUUUUGUGUGUUUUUUCUUUGUUACUCCUCACUCGAGAAUAUCUUCUCCAUUCAUUUACACGGAGAGUGGAGUGGAGGAGGAGAGACAGAGAGAGAGACAUCAAUUGAGAGAGACACAUCGAUUGGUUUCUCCCGCAUGGACCCUGACCCAGAGCUGGGAUCAAGCCUGCAACUGAAGUAUGUGCCCUUGACUGGAAUUGAACCUGCAACCCUUCAGUCUAUGGGCCAGUUCUCUAUCCAUGGAGCCAAACUGGCUAGGGCCAAAAUAAAACUUUAAAACCCAUAAAAUUGUAAAUACUAUUCUUAUAUUAUGGUAUAUCCAUUCAAUGUAAGGUUUUGGGGGGCCAUAAAAAGCAUAAAUCCUUAUGAAGAACAUAUAAGGGGAAAGUUAAGCAACUCGACAUAAUUUUAUCCAGUGGAAAACAAGUUUAAAAAAGGAUAUUAAAUUCUUAUCUAUUAUAUAAUCACAGUUUUGUAUGUAUUUGUUUAUAUUUUUGUGUGUUUAGAAAAAAAGAAACAGAAUCUUUUUUAAAUUUAUUAUUUGUUUUAAGCCUGACCCAAGGAUAUUUUUCCAUUGCUUUUUUAGCUAGAGUGAAAGAAAGGGAGGAGGGGGGGAGAGAGAGAGAGAGAGAGAGAGAGAGAGAGAGAGAGAGAGAGAUAUCAAUGUGAGAUAGACACAUCGAUUGGUUGCCUCCCACAUGUGCCCAACCUGGCCUGGGGAACAAACCUACAACACAGGAUGUGUCCUUGCUUGGGAAUCAAACCCAAGACCCUCUGGUGCCUGGGAUGGCGCUCUAACCACUGAGCUAUGCCAGCUAGAGCAACACACCAGAAUCUUGCUUGUAGGUAUCUCUGUAUGGCAGCAUUUAUUUUCUUUUUCACGCUGUUCUAUAUUUCCCAACUAUUACAUAGUGAGCAUUAUUAAUUUUUUGGCCAGGAAAAGGUCUUUAAAAAUUACAUGAAGAAUAUAUUCCUGUGCAACAAGCUCCAGGCCCUCAACAGUGCCAUUAUAGAGGCUGCACGGCCAUAUAUUUCUAUCGCAAUUGCUCUACUCGGAGGAAAUGAGGCAAACCACACCUUCCUAUAGUCUGUUCAAAGCACCCUGUCACCCACACCCACUAUCCAUUUCACUAGGACCUUUUUUGGGGGGUGGGGGCAAUUCUCUGAUUAUCAGUGGAGUUGAGCGUCUGUCCAUAAGCUUUUGGACAUCCAGGUCAUUUCACUGUGAAUCACCCAUUCACAUCCAUUGCCAGUUUUCUACUGGGUGGUACUGGGUGGUUGGAUUUUUCCUUACUGGUCUGUAAGUCUGUGUGCAUCCUGGACCCUAACUGUGUCAGUUACAUGCACUGCCGACAUCUCCACUCGGUCUACAGCUUGUCUUCUCACUUGGUUAUGAUGUGUUUUAGUAUUUGCCAGGUUUAAUUUUAAUACCAUGAAAUUUUCCUUUAUGA